AUCUUCUUCUUUGAGUCAUUAUUUUUAGGUACCCUUCUCUUCUCCCUUUCUAACUUUCAAGGCUCCGCAGCCCAGCAACAGAGCUAGAUCCAACUGUACCAACUCGAAACGACACGUCGUUUUAAUGGGCGUUCCUGCGUUUUACCGCUGGCUGGCGGAUCGGUACCCACUCUCGAUCGUGGAUGUGGUGGAGGAAGAGCCGAACGAGGACUCCAAUGGCGUCGCCAGACCUAUCGACGUCUCCAGACCUAAUCCCAAUGGCAUGGAAUUCGACAAUUUAUACCUCGACAUGAAUGGCAUUAUCCACCCUUGUUUUCAUCCUGACGGCAAGCCUGCGCCUGCUACCUACAAUGAUGUGUUCAAAUCCAUAUUUGAAUAUAUUGAUCAUCUCUUCACCUUGGUUCGCCCUCGAAAACUUCUGUAUAUGGCAAUCGAUGGUGUUGCACCUAGAGCUAAAAUGAAUCAGCAACGGUCUAGACGAUUUAGAGCUGCUAAAGAUGCAGCAGAGGCAGAAGCUGAAGAAGAAAGAUUGAGGAAUGAAUUUGAGGCUGAGGAAAGAAGCUUGACACUUAAAGAGAAGCGUGAAACUUCUGACUCCAAUGUUAUUACUCCUGGAACUCAAUUUAUGGCAGUGCUCUCUGUGGCACUUCAGUAUUACAUACACAGUAGGUUGAACCGCAACCCUGGUUGGUGGUCUACAAAGGUUAUUCUUUCUGAUUCAAAUGUUCCUGGUGAGGGAGAACACAAAAUCAUGUCAUACAUUCGAUUGCAGCGGAACCUUCCUGGAUUUAAUCCUAAUACACGCCAUUGUCUAUAUGGUCUGGAUGCAGAUCUCAUUAUGCUGUCUCUAGCAACACAUGAAAUUCAUUUCUGUAUACUAAGAGAGGUUAUUACACUGCCUGGGCAACAGGAAAAGUGUUUUGCCUGCGGCCAAGUUGGUCAUCUGGCAGCUGAGUGUAGUGGUAAACUGGAUAAACAAACGCCAGUGGUAGAUGAAACUCCAAUUCACAAGAAGAAAUAUCAGUUUCUAUACAUUUGGGUAUUACGAGAAUAUUUGCAAUAUGAACUGGAUAUUCCAAACCCUCCCUUUGCUAUUAAUUUUGAAAGACUACUGGACGAUUUUGUCUUUCUAUGUUUUUUUGUGGGCAAUGACUUUCUACCACAUAUGCCUACAUUGGAGAUCAGGGAGGGUGCCAUUAACUUGUUGAUGCAUGUGUAUAAAAGAGAGUUUGCUGCUAUGGGCGGUUAUCUUACUGAUGCGGGUGAGGUGUUGUUGGACAGAGUAGAGCAUUUUAUUCAGGCCGUUGCUGUUUAUGAAGACCAAAUCUUUCAAAAACGGACUCGAAUUCAGCAGGCUUAUGAGAACAAUGAGGAGAUGAGGCAGAGGAACAAAAGAGAUGCAACAGGUGUUCAACAGGCCCCGGUGGCUCCAGUGGUAGACAAGGUAAAAUUAGGUGAACCUGGAUACAAGGAAAGGUAUUAUGCUGAGAAGUUUAAUGUAUCAACACCUGAGGAGAUUGAAAAAGUGAAAAGGGACACGGUAUUGAAGUAUGUAGAAGGCUUAUGUUGGGUUUGUCGGUAUUACUACCAAGGUGUUUGCUCUUGGCAAUGGUAUUAUCCAUACCACUAUGCGCCAUUUGCUUCUGAUCUCAAGGAUCUCCCUGAACUAGAAAUAACAUUUUUCUUGGGAGAACCAUUCAAACCAUUUGAUCAGCUUAUGGGAACUUUACCAGCUGCAAGUUCAAAUGCUCUACCAGAGAAGUACAGAAACUUGAUGAUUGAUCCGUCAUCACCUAUUAAUGCAUUUUAUCCAUCUGAAUUUGAGAUUGACAUGAAUGGCAAGCGGUUUGCAUGGCAGGGAAUUGCGAAAUUGCCAUUCAUUGAUGAGAAGAAGUUGCUCACUGCAACAAGGAAACUUGAAAGCACUUUAACGGAGGAAGAACAGAUUCGAAAUAGUGUGAUGCACGAUUUGCUUUAUGUAUAUCGUGCUCAUCCUUUGGCUUCACAAAUGUACAUGUACUACCAACUUUAUCAUCAGAUGCCACCAUAUGCAAGAUUUGCUUAUCAAAUUGACACAAAUGCUAGCGGUGGAAUGAAUGGAUAUCUAUGGUUAUGCGAGAGGAGUGGGACAAGAAAUGUAGUCUUUUCCCCUGUCAGUGGGUUUCCAGACAUAGAGAAUAACCAAGUUUUAAGUGUCUCAUACCUUAACCCUGUAGCACAUAGACACAUCCCAGAACCUCCCAAGGGUGUGGUAAUUCCUGAAAAGAUGAUAGAUCCUACUGACAUUAAGCCAUCCCCUGUGUUAUGGCAUGAAGACAACGCUAACCGGCGGCAUCAAUACAGGGAAAGACAACAAGUGUAUGGGGCAAUCGCUGGCCUUCAGUUGGGAGAAGCAGCACACCGUCUUGUUAAGAACUCCCUCAAUCUAAAAUCUAAUGAUUCAUCCUCUGGGUCUUGGGAUCAAUCACCAUCUAGAAACUUCCCUGGCCACUACCAAGGAACAGCCAGAUCAAGACCAGCUGGACCUUCUGGGUAUGAAAGGGGCUUCCGGCAAGACCCAAAUUCUUACUAUGAUAAUUCUUAUAAUCCUCAGGGAAUAAUGAGUAGGCCUAGAUAUCCAGUCUCAAAUGGUAGAAUGCAUAGUCAAGAACAACACCGCAACUUGAGGAAUGGAAUGGCUACUUUGACAGUGGAAGAUAACGCGAGAAACAGAUCGCCUGGUGUAAUGACACCGAGAAUGCCAAAUUCAGCAAAUUUAGCAAAUAUGUCUCACCAAUUCAUGCCGAACAUGGGUGUACUCCCAGCACCACCCCCGAACUGGAUUGACAAGACCACAAAUGGUGGAAUGUAUAAUUAUAGGCAACAGGAAUACAUCCCAGGCACUACACAUGAGAAGCAGGGGAAGAUGACUUAUCAGGUUAAAACACAAGGUGGUCAAGGUUUUUCUAAUUCUGGGGACCAAGAGCGCUUGUAGGGGAUUUUGUUCAGUUAUCUUCCCUCCGUUGUCCCUAUCCUGUUGAAUACAUUUCACUGAACAAACCGUUCCAAUGACAGGGACCUGUGUAACAAGAAGCUUCAGCCAGUUUGAUAGAAACAGAUUUAUUUGUUGGGAGUUUGCAUGGUAAAUAGGCAAUGCUUUUCCAAAUUAUGUAUGUGGUUUACUGAUCGAUGCUGCUAUUGUCCGAAGCAUUGUUGAGAAUUGCAACCUUUUGUCCCUGGAUGAUUUAUACUUCUUUCCCAGUUGGACAAGGGUCAAUUUGAGAGGUGUAUUGUGUAGUCAGUCAUUUUAUACAAAUAAGUAUUUCAUAGGGAAAUUGUAGUAAAAAUACUUAGAUCUUGCCUUCGAAAGGAAAAAAAAAAAAGAAAUAAAAAUGCUCAUCUUGCUUAACGAAUAUGGAAUCCCACUUGUAAUCAGAGAUUGUUAUUUAUUGUUUUACUGUUUACUCCUUAAUUUACAAUUAUUGCCUUUGCAAAUUA